GUCUGAAAGGCGGAAGUGGCUGAGAUUAGCUGGACUGCUGGACAGUCGGUGUUAACGGAGGGAUGGCAAGUGCGGGUCCAGCUCCUUCUGCAUCUGCAGAGAAUUCAGGCCCUGGAGGAGCAAGUGGCAGUACCAAUGGAGAGACCAGCAGUCAAGACAGCACAUUUGAAUGCAACAUUUGCUUGGACAACGCAAAAGAUGCAGUGAUCAGCUUAUGUGGCCACCUUUUUUGCUGGCCAUGUUUGCAUCAGUGGCUAGAAACUCGACCAAACCGGCAGGUGUGUCCGGUCUGCAAAGCUGGAAUCAGCCGUGAGAAAGUCAUACCCCUCUACGGAAGAGGAAGCACUGGGCAGGAGGAUCCCAGAGAAAAAACCCCUCCGCGUCCUCAAGGGCAGAGACCAGAACCAGAAAACAGGGGUUUCCAGGGCUUUGGAUUUGGUGAUGGGGGGUUCCAGAUGUCAUUUGGUAUUGGAGCAUUCCCUUUUGGAAUAUUUGCCACAGCAUUUAACAUCAAUGAUGGUCGCCCCCCACCAGCUGUUCCUGGGACUCCACAAAAUGCAGAUGAGCAGUUUUUCUCUCGUCUCUUCCUCUUCGUUGCCUUGGUUAUUAUGUUCUGGCUACUAAUUGCAUGAUGCUGGCUCAGUAUGAUAAAGACUCGGUUUCACAGACUGCAUCCCUUCUCUUGAAAAUUACAAAUCCGUCAUCAAAAUGCUCCAGUCUUAAAGUCUUGCUCUGCAGUUUGUAAUGGAUGACAGUUGGGUGUACUACAUUUAAAAAAUAUAUAUUAGAGAGAAUUAAAUAGUAUUAUUGACUAGGGAUGAGCUUUAUAAGAGAACGAUUUUCUGGCAAAGCCGUGCAAAAUGACACCGGAAAGGCAGCAGUGUAAAAAAUAAUACAACCAUUUGUUGUGUAAUACUUUAUGACCAGGUUAUAGUUUGAAAUACUUCAAUAUAACUCCUGUAAUGAAUCAAAUUACACUGAAAGAGCAGAUUAUGCAGCUGACGAGGAGAGUGGAAUCCUGGGUGGAGUCAAUGUAUGGAAUGGAAAUCACAAGAUAAACUGUUGUUCAAGAGGGAGGGGACAUUAUGUGUGAAAUAAGUGUAACAGCAGGAUAAAAGCUUGCACACAAAUACCUGAAAUCACCAGAUAAUGGACAAAUGUAAACCACAGAACUGCUCAGCACUGCGCAGAACUCAAAUGCCAUUGAAAUAUUCCUGACCUGCAAGUGAAGCAUAUAGUAUGGACCUGGAAUUAUUUACUGCUAUUUCUGACACCAACCACAGACUGAUGUAUUGUUCCCUCCAGCAAAAUGGAUGCUUAUCCAUACUGUAUUCCCUAAGAACUUUUAACCCAGGUUGGGCUGAAUUGAUGUUGAUUCCUCAAUUUUAUGAGAUUUUAAUAAUUAAAUUACAGUUAAUUAAA